AAGCGGCAUUUGCGAACUCAUGCGGUACUUAUUGAACAUAUGGUCUCAUGGGAUUUAAAAGCUCUUUUCCUUUCUAGAUGGUUUACCAUCCCGUUGACUUUGAUAUUGAUGACUUCCUCUCAAGAAUUCAGGGCAACAAACCUCCCUUUGUGUGUCCAUCAGAAACAUGCCAGAAAGUUUGCAGGUCAUACAACUAUAUGCAAAAACAUAUGCUUCUCCAUCGCCCUCCUGCUCCAAUAGAUAUUCCUGGACCACUUGUAAAUGGCGAAGUUUCUAGCAACUUUAAAUGUGCACCUGCUUUAGAGAAUGGUUCUGAUCAGUUUGAAAAGGCACCGAUUGUUGUUGCUCAUCCAACUGAAAAUUUAUGUCAACAACAAAGCAAAACCCCUAUGACUUUCACUGAUGCUCAUACUUCUGUGGUUUUCGAAGCUUCCCCAGCUACCAAAGGUCACACGUUUCGCUGUAACAUAUGCGUCCCUCUUACUAUUUGCUUGCAAAAUAUAUCAAACAAGGUAGAUCACGAUUCCUGCACUUCAACGCAAGAGCUAUCUAAGCCAGAAGGGAUCCCAAUUAACAAAAAGCAGCCAUCUAGUAGAAGCAAAAUGCCUCAUCACAAAAACAAGGGUCGCAUUAAGAAUAACAAAAGUGGACAAAUUUCAGAUAAACAGCAGUCUGAUCUAGGUGGGAAAGGCUCUCUCUAUACAAAUGGAACAGAAGUGAACAAUAUCAUUGAGAUACCAAAAGCGGUUUAUUCAAUUGAUCCAGAAUUUUCUAUUCGAAAGUCCAUUCGUUUAAAAGAAGGUUCAAGUUAUAUUCGUUUUAUUGAAAAGACAUCAGAUGAAUUGGAUGAGGUUGUUGAAUAUGAUUUAGAUGAGGAGGAUCUUUUUUGGCUUAAAAGGAUCAAUGCUAAACGCAAUAGUCUAUCAUUACCACCUGUCUCUGAAUCUACUCUGGAGUGGAUUAUGGACAGAUUUGAAAAAAAGGCCAGAUUCCGGUUGUUUACUUCGAAUGGUUGUGAAACAACAGAUGUUUUGCCUGAUAUUGGCGGCAACCAUUCAGCUAUCGAUGAAGAUGCUGUAUGUGCUGUAUGUCAAGAUGGGACCUGCGAAAAUACAAAUGUUAUAUUAUUUUGUGAUGUUUGCAACUUAGCCGUACAUCAGGAAUGUUAUGGAGUUCCUUAUGUCCCUGAAGGUCCUUGGUUGUGUCGUAAAUGCCUUCACUCACCGAGUGAACCAGUUUCAUGUGUCCUUUGUCCUAAUAGAGGCGGUGCCUUCAAAAAAACGACAGAUGACCGAUGGGCUCAUGUAAUAUGUGGGUUAUGGGUACCUGAAGUGAUGUUUGCUAAUCUGACAUUCCUUGAACCGCUUGAAGGCAUCGACAGAAUUGCUGCAGCCAGAUGGCGUCUUCAGUGUUUCAUUUGUAAACAACGCAAUGUUGGUGCUUGUAUACAGUGUCAUAAAUCUAGUUGUUAUCGAGCAUUUCAUGUGACAUGUGCACAGCAUGCUGGAUUGUAUAUGAAAAUUGAGCAUACAGAUGAUCCUGGAGAUCUAGGAAUCCGAAAGAGUGCGUUUUGCGAUCAACAUUGUCCGCCGGAUCACUUUUCUAGUUCAAACAAAGGAAUGUACGCUCAUUCUGAUUCUGAUGGUCCUCAAUCUCCUGAGCGAGCAGCUCGAAUUCAUCUCAGGAAAGCUCGUAAAAUUUUAGCCGAACGUAGAAAUUCUAAACCAUCUGUUUGUGUUCCCAUAGUAUCUAAAGCAAAAAUAGAUCUUAUUCUAUCCAAAUUAUCUGGUGUAUCAGGAGAUAAAAUGGAGUUUUUAAAGCAAACUUAUGCAUUUUGGAAGCUCAAAAGAGAGUUUAGACGUGGUGUCCCAUUACUUAAACGACUUCAGGCAUGUUCUUUGCACAGAAGUGCUGCUAAUUUUGCUGUUGUGGCUACAACUGGAGAUGCAGAAUCGCAUCGAAUGAGAGCUCAUUUGAAAUUCUGGCAACAACUACGUCAAGAUCUUGAGAGAGGACGACUAUUGUCUGAACUUAUACGUAAACGUGAACGUAUUAAACGUGAUAUAUUUCGUCUAUUUGUGACUGAAAUUGAGUUCAAAAUCAAACCACUUGUUGUAUUUCAGUUACGAUUUAUAGAUCAACUUCAAGCUUUAGAUACAAAUCAAUUUUUCGCUGAACCUGUUGAACCAAGUUUAGCACCAGACUAUUCAUUAAUUAUUAAAAAACCAAUGGAUUUUUCUACAAUGCGUAAAAAAAUUGAAAAUUUCGAAUAUUGUACUAUAAAUGAAUUAUUAUCAGAUUUUAAUUUAAUGUUAGAAAAUUGUUUUGAAUAUAAUCGUGAAACAAGUAUUUAUUACGCUGCUGCUAUGAAACUACGUGAAAGAAGUAAACCUAUCAUAUCUGAAGCCUUAACAAUAGCGAAACAAAUCAAUUUCUGCCCUAAAACUGGACUUCUUCUAGAAAAUGUACAAACUAAGACAGAAACUAAUGAACAAUCAUCUCAUCAGGAUAAUAUUGAAAAUUCAUCUAAAACGAAUGAAAAUUGUGUACAAUCAGUGAAUACAUCAAAUACAAAUUAUAAUUGUAGAAAAAAUCCGACAAAUUCUUCAGUAUUGCUCCAUUUAUCCACCACACGAAAACCUUCUAAAUGUUCAUUAACAACGGAUGAACAACGAGUUCAUAGUCCUUUAAAAGAAUUAAUUAAUUGUGAUCGAAAUUCAUCAGUUCCUAGUAGUAUACGAAGUCGACUAAGAAGUUUUCAUUCACCAACAAAACCAAAUCAAUCACCUAUUUCUUUCACUACAGAUGGAAAUUUCGAAUUUUCUUCACCAAAUAGUGCCACUACUUCUAAUACUACUAACAUUGUAAUGGACUCAUCUAUUUUACCUAGAAAACGCCGUCUUUCAUCAACUAAUGGAGAUCGGGAACUUCAUCGUUCUCCUACUUUACACAAUGGAGAUUGUCGAAAACCUGCAAAACUAGCUCGACUACACUCACAUUUUCCUGGAAAUGCAUUUGCCCAAGCCUACACUAAUUCAGCGAAUUGCUUUGAAAACCUCAUCAAAUUGCCUGGGAACAACGAUCCUACCAAUUGCAAAUGGAAUCCUUCUAAUCUUUUAGCAGCUAAUGAAUCCAAUUGUUUGCAAAUUCGUCAAUCAGCUCGGUCUACAAAUGAAAUGAAUGGACUAAUAUCCUUAAGUAAUGGACCUGCAUUUACACGUUAUCGAAUAGGUCGUUUAUCACGUGGUGAUGAUGAGGAUGACGAAGAUGAUAGUGAAGAGACAGAUGAAGAUGAAAGUGAUGAUGGAUGUAUUGGUUAUCCGAAUACUAACUCUUCAACUCCUAAUCCUAGUCAUGAUUCUGAUCGUUCUCUUUCUAGGCACUACCAACAGCAACGUUCAAAACAAGAUCCUGAAGUUGAGAUUAAUAAGAAAUCCACAAUUGUUAGUAGGACAACUACAUUGGUUGGUACAAGUCGAAUGGCUUUUGCUAAUAAACGUUCUCCUUUCAGUCGCUUAAAAUCCACAUAUCGAUUCAAGACAAAACAGACUUCUAUUAAUAUUAGAAAAUAUAAACACAAAAGACGGCCAUCAUCACGUAGUGAAUUUACCGCUAACAAUAAGCUUCACAAUACUGAACUUAAUAUACCGUCACCGAUAUUGGUUCCUUUCUAUGAUUCUCAUAUGACAUCAGAUUUUGAUACAUUGUUUACAAAGUUUCUACCGAAAACUGGCAUUAUCAAGUCAAAUAAUAUCCAACGAGAGCAUGAUGUUGUGAACAUUAGUUUUGAAUCAGUUAACAGAUCAGAUCAUAUUGAUUUACCGUUGGAUAAUCAAUUUGAUACAAAAGCUAACUGUUUAACAGAUCCAUUGUCUGUUUCCUCCAAUAUUGAAACAUCUUAUACUAGCAAUUCUAAACCAAUCAGAAGUCCUUUAUCUCGUGUCUCUUCUCGGGGUAGUGUCGGAGAGGAUAUAUUUGCGGAACAUCAAUUUAGUCCUUUAGAUAUCGUCUGGGCCAAAUGUUUGGGAUCACCAUGGUACCCAGCAAUAAUUGUAGAUCCAGAUGCUAAUGGGGAUUAUUCUCACAAUGGUGUUCCUAUCCCCCUACCUCCUGAGUCAGUGUUAAAAUGGGGCAAACGAAUAGCCUCUAAUAAAUCCACUGAUGACUCAGAACUUUUAUUAGUUCUCUUCUUUGAUACAAAGCGGACAUGGCAAUGGCUUAGUCCUCAGAAACUUCAACCUCUUGGAAUUAAUAAAGAACUCGAUUAUGAAAGACUACGAGAAGGAAGAAAAAGUAAAAUGAAGCAUUCAGUAACGAAAGCUUAUCGUCGAGCUGUAGAACAUAUAUGUAAGGUUCACGGAAGACCAUAUCCUUAUACAGAUGGGAAGUCAACAGAUAUCGCUGUUUUUACCUUGUAAAAAAGUAAUGACCUUUUUUGUACAAAGUAUAUUUUUCAAUUUAAUUCAUUCACGAUUAACUCGUAUAAAUUCAUAAACACUAAAUAUUAUCAUCCGUUAUACGAUAUAAAUUAAUGAUGAUUUCUUCACUCCAUUGUAUCAUAUUUAUUAUCCCAAAGAUGUUAGUAAAAUGUAAUGUCCACGUCAAAUGCUUAUUAAUUUCUAUUAACGUUCCCGACAAGUUUUUUUACCUUUUGUUUCACCAGCUCAUGUUCCACGUUGAGUGUAAAUAAAUUUCCAACGUAUCGUUUGUUUUUUUAUAAUGGUAUGGGAAACGAAUUCAUAUCCGUUCUGCCUAAUGAAAGCUUUAUACAGAUAUUUAGAAUAUUUAACUUAAUCUUUGUUUUGUGAAUUCUUUGACUUUAAAAAGUAAUACGCUCAUCUAGCAAGAAAAAAAGACAGUAUGUAGAUUAACCUGGUUUUUAGUUUAUCUGUGAUGAUAUUGGAAUAUAUGAAUGGAUGACCUAUGGGUGUUGGUGUAUAAAAAUCCGUGUGAUUUCUAUACUAAAUGAUUGUUUAAUACGAUGUUGAAACCGUAACCAGUUCGUGUCCAUCCUCUUGACAUUCCGUAAAGAAACCAUGUCAAUUAGUAAGACAAUAGGAAUCAGACAAAACAUCAUAUCGAUCCACCUAGUGAGAGCUAUAACUCCGUAUGAUUUGUACUAGAUGGUUGAUCAGAGGUUUAUGAAUCACAAUUGUUGACCUGAAUAAAUAAGUGGCACCAACCAAUGCUCUUUUAUAAUCUAUCAUAUAGAAGUGAGUGUUUCGAGAUCUGUUUGGUGAUUAACACACACCUCCAUAAGUGUCUAGUACGAUUGAUCUCUACAUGCCAUACAUACAGACACUGUCUACUGAUUACAAGUCUUGGUGCAAUGGUCCAUCUAGAAGUACUAUAAAAAGUGGAGUGGUAAUAUCAUGAAGGGAUAGAUGGGGAUACAGUGGUAAUUAUCUAGACGUCUUUCUCAGGGGACCUCCAUCCGAACUUAAGACGUAUGGAACUAAUCAACAAGGAAGACUAGGAGCAAUAGUUGUAAUCCCAUGUUAGGUAGUAAUCAAAGUUGCUCCGCACGUCACUGAUUCCUUUUGGACCUUAGGGUCAACGUGAAUCAUUAAGAUAGGAUCUGGAGGUUUCCCCUUAGUGAACUCAUCGUAUCAGCUAACCCGAUUUGAGCAUCAAGAAUUUGAUUGCUCCUUAACUUUUGUGGACACCCUCAAUGUGUGAAGGCAUAAUUUUGGAUUUCUCUGAGAGAAAUUAUAAAAUUGCGCUCGUAUGUAAGCAUCUCGAGACAUGGUGAAUCCUUUCUAUCUUCGACCUUGUCGGAGAAUUCGUGGAUUCUGUCAGAAUGUGCUCCUUGUAUGACGCUGGUCUGAUUUCUAGUAAAAGUAGCUAUGAUCCGUUA